AUGUCACUCCGCAUAACUUUUUUAGUGUACAUUCUAGUCGCCAUCACAUGUAUCAUUUUUGUUAAUACCGUCUCUGCGAAUGCCUUUCCCGAAAGUUUUGAUCUUUCUUACGAUAAUGAAGGCGCCGAUUCCGCAACUAUGCCUUAUCAAGAUCUAGAAUCUAUCGUCCCUGACAAGAUUGAAGCAUCAUCAGAUGAAUUUACCAGAGUAGGGGAAACUGCACCAAGGCAUCAUAAAGAGUUCUAUGAUUGUGUUCUUUUGUGUUGGUAUAGGUCGUCGAUGAGACGUCGUACUUUUACAGAAUGUAUCGAAACCU